AUGCCGGCCUACCAGACAGGACAAAGAGUCAAUUACAAGCCAGUAGGAGGGCCAAACUCCAACACUAGUCAAAGCACUGGUGUCAUUCGUGAGGUUGCUACUGAGUCGACUUCGUUGACUGGUCGAAGUGUUGAGGCUUCAGAGGCGAUGCCUCGUUACCAGAUUGAAAAUUUGAAGACUCAUAAGAGCUCUGCUGUCAAGGAGUGUAAUAUUCUCGGUCCUGCUGAGUAG